GUGUUCUGUGCACGCGCGCGCUGUUUGAAUUCGGCCAUCGUUCUGCUUAACCAGGGAAAAGAGGAAUCUGGCGGGGCCGGCUGCUUGAAAUUCCUGGAUUUGUCCGGCUAGAUGAUGGCCAAACGAGUGUUCAUUUUAUCACCACCGACCAAGGCAGUCGAAGGCGAAGCGGCGGUGGAGACGAUGCUUCUUCAACUCUUCGCCAAACCGCCUCAGGUCACCUUCGAAAACGUCCCCGCAAAGCGCGACGCCGUGCGCCUGCUGCGCGUCCUCAACACGACCAACGCAGAGCAAGUUGUGACGCUCAGUGUGCCGCAUGGCAAGGGCUUCACCGCGGACACGGAGGCGUUCAAGCUGCUUCCCGGACAAUCGCAGAUGGUCACAUUCACCUGGAAGCCAGACGAGAAGGACACUGCUGCCCGAGUGGCUGUCUCGGUGUCCACGGACAAAGGUAUCAAAAGCAGGAUCGUAUUGCUUGGGACAGUACGCCAGGAGGCUCGGCCACGAAUCAAUAAGGAAGGAGUACCGAGGUCAAGGAUACUCACAUCUUCGCAGAAGCCCAACUUGACCACUGGGCCUCCAAAAAAGGAUAUGCCUAAAAAAGCAGUGCCAAACGCAGUGCAGCCCACCAGGAAAGCUACUGCUCGACCAAGACUCACUGUUCCGAUAGAAUUCAAGACACAUUGGAAGAAGCGUACCGGUUGUGAGAACAAGUGCCAUGCAACCGUGAAGUCGACUGCGCCCAUCAGACAAGCGCCCUUGAGCUCAUCUGCCAGCACCCGCCCAAACGCUGACAGCCAGCGCGUUUGCCCACCUCGUCGGACCGCUCUAAACAAACCCACAAGCAAUGCUUGUCCCAGGACCCAUGCUGCUCGGGCUGGAGUUUCUCUUGCGGCACAUCCCGCUCAUACAUACAAUAAAGAGAAACUUCAAACUGAGACUGUUUCGUUAGAAGCAAUCAGGAGAGAACCUUUCAGCGGUGGUAUUGGCCUUCCCGAAACUACGAGCCAACUGUCUGACGGUAGCCAGGGUCACAUUGGGGCUGGCCAAGCCCUGCAGUCCUUACCGGGCACCGGAGGCUUUAGUGACAUCUCUCUUUCGAGUGAACCUGGUGACUUCAAGCUCCGAGAAGAGACACAUUGUGCACAAGCUGAUACAGGAGCCAUUUCGUGCCUCCAGACAACCGUUAGUGCUAUGUUCGAAGGCAGUUUGGAACCCACAAGUGCAGCUUUCGAGGACAACUUGAAUGUCGAGACCAAAGAUACGGCCAACUCGGAGGAAGCGGUUCAUAUUGGCGAAGGAAGCGACCCCAUUCAGAACAACACCUUCGAGCUUGACCUGAGCGCGCGAAUGGAAAUGCUGCACCAGCAGAUAAUCGAGAAACAAGCCUCCAGUGGCACACAGGAAAACGCGAGCAAUUCCGCUGGCCCGGAGCAGUUGGACACGAGUGCUUACUUGUUGUCACUUUAUGACGAGCUGUGCAAGACAAAAUGCAAUCCGUCACUGGUGGACAAAGUUUUUCCCACAGCGAUGAUACAAAAACGCCGCUGCUCGUCGCCCAAGCUCCCGGAAUAA